UGUACGUAUGUGAUUUCAUCGUAUUUGAGGAAGAGGAGUUGAAGAAAAAGAAGCAAUUUAGGAAUUAGGAAGAAGAUGAACUACGAGAAAAUUCCCCAAGAACCGUAUCCACCUCCUGGGUAUGGGAGUGUAUAUCCUCCGCCUUCCGCGCCACCACCGCCGCCCUACGAAGCCUACCCGCCUCCGCCGCAAUCCGUAUAUCCACCACCUCCAGGCUAUCCUUAUCAUCCUCCUCCGCCGCAGCAGCAUCCCGUCGGUUAUCAAGGAUAUUUCAACAACCAGCAGCCCCCUCCUCCUCCAUCACACCAGCCCUAUCCGGUUUACCACUGUGAUCAUCACCAUUGCGAUGAUGACAGUUCUGGUUGCAUCUCUUUCUUGCGAGGAUGUUUUGCUGCUCUAUGUUGCUGCUGCAUAUUGGAGGAGUGUUUUUUCUGAUCCUUUCACUAUACUUCCUUGACAUUGUUAUGGUGGGAAAAUUGUGGUUAUUGUUGGAUUUGUCAGCUUUCACUGGGUUGUGUAUCAGUGCCUUUGUAUUUUGUGGGAAAAACCUCUGCUUAUUAUUAUUAUUUCUCUUCUAAGACAUCUACCAGUCAUCAUGUUAUCAACUAUUAUUGCUCUUAUGGGACAUUGUGGUAUAUUAUUGUUGUAAUUGGAUGAGCUACUGUAUAUUUUUCUAUUAGAGUUGAUAUACAUAUACUGAGUGUUACAA